AGGCCAAAGGGUAGAGGCUUUACAUUCAUGUGGUGAGCUGGAAUGUAUCUAUUCAUUGUUCUCCAAGCAAUAUAUCAUUGUAUUCACGAACAAACGGUAACACAGCCAACUGAUAACUCAAUACUGUUUCCUAUGAGAUGCCUUGAUGCCCUCACACACUCUCCCGUUAUUUUCAAAAUAAUCCUGCUACUGUGACUCAUCUCCUUUUCCCCCCAUCUUGAUUUGUUGAAAUGUUAAAUGCAGAGUGUGUGUUUCCCUUCCCCGUAGCAAAGAGGUUGGUCGCCACUAACGGGCACUCAUCCGAGCACAAGGCUAAUCCGGCAGAAGAAACAGUUUCUAACUUUAGGCUGCUCUUAGCAAGUCCCCUCGUCUUUUGAACAGUGAGCGGGGGGAUCCCCACCGGGAGUGCCUAUCAGCAGAAAGCUGGCAGACUGUCUAAUACAAGCUAUCAUCUCAACUUCUCUGGAGCUCGCAGUUGAUUAUCAGAGAGUGGAAGUGAUCGGGGAUGGUGGCAUGGCGUUUACAGACAAUCCCCCAGUGGUGUGUGGACAUGGUGAAGGGGUUGGGUGGACCUAAGAAGGCAGUGGCCUGUACCCAGCCCAGGAGGGUGGCAGCCAUGAGCGUGGCCCAGAGGGUGGCCGACGAGAUGGACGUCAUGCUGGGCCAGGAGGUCGGUUACUCCAUUCGAUUCGAGGACUGCAGCUCGGCCAAGACCUUCCUCAAGUACAUGACAGACGGUAUGUUGCUGCGGGAGGCCAUGAACGACCCUCUGCUGGAGCGCUACGGCGUCGUCAUCCUGGACGAGGCCCACGAGAGAACGCUCGCCACAGACAUCCUCAUGGGCGUCCUCAAAGAGGUGGUCCGACAGAGGUCAGACCUCAAGGUCAUCGUCAUGAGCGCCACGCUGGAUGCCGGCAAGUUCCAGGUGUACUUUGACAGCUGUCCGCUGCUGACCAUCCCGGGUCGCACGCACCCGGUAGAGAUCUUCUACACGCCGGAACCCGAGAGGGACUACCUGGAGGCGGCCAUCCGCACCGUUAUCCAGAUACACAUGUGUGAAGAGGAGGAGGGAGACUGUCUGCUCUUCCUCACUGGACAAGAGGAAAUCGACGAGGCCUGCAAGCGCAUCAAGAGGGACAUCGACGACCUGGGACACGACGCGGGGGACAUCAAAAUCAUCCCGUUGUACUCGACGCUGCCGCCCCAGCAGCAGCAGAGGAUCUUUGAACCGCCACCACCCCGCAAGCCCAACGGAGCCAUCGGGAGGAAGGUCGUGGUUUCGACAAACAUCGCCGAGACAUCCCUGACCAUCGACGGCGUGGUGUUUGUAAUUGAUCCCGGAUUUGCCAAGCAAAAGGUGUAUAACCCUCGUAUCAGAGUGGAGUCCCUCCUGGUGACGGCCAUCAGCAAAGCCUCGGCCCAGCAGAGGGCGGGGCGCGCCGGGAGGACACGCCCAGGGAAGUGCUUCCGCCUCUACACAGAGAAGGCCUACAAGACCGAGAUGCAGGACAACACGUAUCCAGAGAUUUUGAGGUCCAACCUGGGUUCGGUCGUGCUGCAGCUCAAGAAGCUAGGUAUCGACGACUUGGUACAUUUUGACUUCAUGGACCCACCAGCACCGGAAACCCUGAUGCGGGCCCUAGAGCUGCUCAACUACGUGGCGGCGCUCAACGAUGACGGCGACUUGACGGAGCUAGGCUCCAUGAUGGCCGAGUUCCCCCUAGACCCGCAGCUAGCCAAGAUGGUGAUCGCUUCCUGCGAGUUCAACUGCUCCAAUGAGAUCCUGUCCAUCACAGCCAUGCUGUCAGUCCCACAGUGCUUCGUACGACCCACGGAGGCUAGGAAGGCGGCCGACGAGUCCAAGAUGCGUUUCGCCCAGAUUGAUGGAGACCACCUGACCCUCCUCAAUGUCUACCACACCUUCAAACAGAACCAUGAGUCGACACAGUGGUGCUACGACAACUUUGUGAACUACAGGUCGCUGAUGUCGGCCGACAACGUGCGCCAGCAGCUGUCCCGGAUCAUGGACCGCUUCAGCCUGCCCCGCCGCAGCACAGAGUUCACCAGCAGAGACUACUACAUCAACAUUCGCAGAGCACUGGUCACAGGAUUCUUCAUGCAGGUAGCCCAUUUGGAGCGUACAGGCCACUACCUGACUGUGAAGGACAACCAGGUGGUCCAGCUGCACCCCUCCACUGUGCUGGACCACAAGCCGGAGUGGGUGAUGUACAAUGAGUUUGUGCUGACCACCAAGAACUACAUCCGCACCUGCACCGACAUCAAACCAGAGUGGCUGGUGAAAAUCGCCCCGCAGUACUAUGAGAUGGGUAACUUCCCCAACUGUGAAGCCAAGAGACAGUUGGAGCGCAUCGUUGCUAAACUCUCAACCAAGGAAUACUCUCAGUACUAACACUACAAGUGUGUAUGAGAACAAUACCAUCACCACCAGCACUAAGGAAAUCUGAACUCUUUAUCUGAGCACUCUUCAUUUUCUUCAAAAGCCUUUUCUUCUCAUUGGUUCAUAAUGUAUUAUUUUCAUACUUUCUGUUUGGCUCUUCCUUAUUUUGACCACCUGUAGUCAUUUGUGAUUAACAGGUGGUUGGCACUGCGGCUGAUCUGGGUGGGAGUUAGCGGUCAACACAAUUACUUCCAUUGACCAUGGUAAAGCAUGACCAUUUAUGUAGAUGUUGACAUUCCUUUUUAGAAAGCGUAAACUCUUACUGAAAUGUACUUAGGUAGACACAUUCCAUGCUAAUUCAUUGAACAAACUUUGACUUCAAUUUAAGGAAACAUACCAGCGUGGACGGUUUAGCACCCACCGUCUUGCUUGUAUAGCUACCAGACGUUUGUGUUAUGUUAGGGGAUCAAUAGGUUGAAAUGUUAAAAACGUGAUUGUCUUGUGUUUUAUAUAUUGUUUUUGAGGUUGGAAUAAUACUGUGAAAAAGAUAAUGCCCUUUUAGUGUAAGAGCUGUUUGAAAAGAGCCUGACAUUUCAGCCUGUUUUGAUGGGAUGAACUUUUGUAAAUUAGUUGAUAGACCAAUAAGAGUUCCAAACCUCUGCCAAUAACAGCUAGUUUUCCGUUUUCCCGUCGCCACUCAGACCACUCCCAGACAGUCCAAGCUAAGUUCUUGCUUGAGAAAUUGCUUUCUUUUUGACCAUUUUAAUUGAAAACUAUCACAGUAAGGUACUUAGUUAACAAGAAAGGUUUGAUAUUGAUAUAAAAACAGAUGCAUUGUGCCUUUAAUGCAUUUUAAUGUUAAUGGACACAAGGGCACUCCCCCUGUGUGAACAAAUGUGAGAUUAUAGUGGUGUGCGGACUGGGAAAUCACCUGGUCAUCCAUUUUAAAUGACAUGAAUAAACUGUAAUAAUUUGUAA